AUGAAGCCCUACGUGGCCUACGAGCAGCUGGAGAAGCCGGAGGAGCCGCCGGCACCGCAGCAGCUCGGCCGCUUGGCGCAGAAGUGCUCCCGCUGCGCCGUGCUGGCUGCCGCCCUCUUCACCCUCCUCUCCUGCCUGCUCUUCAUCCACCUCUUCAACACCCGUCCAGGCUCGGCAGCGCCGGGACACGGUGCUGGUGACACCGGUGGCACCUGCAGCGACCCGUGCCGCCUGCGCGCGCUGCUCGGCGUCAUCGACGCGGCCCGCGACUUCGUGCACGUCGCCGUCAUGAGCUACCUGCCCACCAUGGAGUUCUCGCACCCCCGCAGGUUCUGGCCGCUGAUCGAUGACCAUCUCCGCAAGGCCGUCUACGAGCGCCGCGUGCGCGUCCGGCUGCUCGUGGGCUGCUGGCGCCACAGCAAGGCCGACAUGUUCCCCUUCCUCAAGUCCCUGGCGGCCGUGGCCGACAACGAGACGCGCUACAGCGUGCAGGUGAGGCUUUUCAUGGUGCCGACGAGCGCGGCGCAAGCCAAGAUCCCCUACGCCCGCGUGAACCACAACAAGUACAUGGUCACCGAGGAGGUGGCGUAUAUCGGGACCUCCAACUGGUCCGGGGCCUAUUUCACGCGCACGGCGGGCUCGGCGCUCGUGGUCAACGAGACGGGCGGCACCGGCCCGGCCGCGGUGCGCGCGCAGCUGCAGGCCGUGUUCGAGCGCGACUGGAGCUCCCCGUACAGCGCCGACGUGGCCGACGUGCAGCGCUGGCAGCGCCUCUGCGGCCCCCGCUCGGCC